UUUCCCUCUUGUGCCGGCAACGCUGUUAUCUUGUGCGAACAGUGCUUUGAUGAAAUAAUAAACUCAAACAAACUUUAGAGUAUUUCGCAUUGCACAAUGACUUUAUAGAGAACUAGAAAAUGUUACCUUCGCUUGGUUUAUUUAAAGGAUUUCCGUGUCCAUAUUAUUUAGGCCCAAGUGGGAAUAGUGCUAGUACUGGGUCACAAUCCUGUCAAAGACCCUAUUGUCAUUUUAAGCAUGUGCGAAAAGAUGAAAAUCCCGUAACAGCUAAUGUAUCCGUGCCGGAAUAUAAGCCAACGCCAAAACUGCUCCCAUUACCAACAAUUACAAAAUCAAAACCAAAGUUGGAAUAUCAACCUGAGAAACCAGCUCUAAAUGCUAGCCCUUCUAAACCUUAUCUAGCCAUCGAACUACAAGCGCCGAUUUAUAUACCAGGAACGUGUAAAAAUGAGCAAGAAACUUUUAGGUUAAAUCUUGAAGAUUGUGAGGAUGAGCUAAAUGAACUUGGUGAAAUAUUAGAUUGUGAAGUUGAAGACAAAAAUCUUAAAUUAAAUGGUGAGAAUCAAAGUGAACCUGGGCAUGUUUUAUGUUCUAAUAGCACAAAGGAAGUCAAGAGUGAUGAAGAGCUAAAACCCCCAAAACGUAAUAAAACAGAUGCUAGCAGUAAAGAUGAGAAAAGUUCGCUUCCUAGUAGUAAAAAAAUUGGUCUUAAAAAAGAGUGCUCUGCUUCCUACGAUGUAAAGGUUUCAAACGAUAAAUCCAAAAGUAAGGAAAUUGCUCGGAAAGAGGUUUCAGAAAAGGAAAGUAAAAACAUACACAAAACAGAAAGUAAAAAAAGUAAAGAGCAACGGCAAGAAGAUACCUUAAAAAAAGAUAAAGAUAAAAAAAGAAGUCAUAGUGACGAAAAAGAGCGAAAAUCUAAAUCUUCGAGAUCUUCGUCAUCAAAAAGCAGACCUUCAUCUGAUAGUAGGGAAAACGCAAAGCAUAGGAGAAGUUCGAAAACAAGUUCCAACAAAAUUUCUUCUUCAAAAUCAGCUUCCAACACUUCAAAAGUACUGCAGACAGACAGUAACCCCCCUACUUUCGAAGACCUUAUUUCAAGUAAAGUCACUGAAAGUACAGAAGAGUUUCCCAUAACAGAAGAGAUUAAUAAGGAAUGUCAAAUGAUAUAUGAACAAUUGGAAAAAGAUUUCGCUUCCCUGCAUAAAGGCAAUGCUACUGAGACUAAAAAUCACGCACAUGAGUCUAGUCCAUUAAAGCGUAAACAAUCGGAAGAUGAUGAAUACGCGGCUAACACAUUACAGAAAAAACGCGUUGCUUAUCACAAUGCAGAAAAGUUAAAGGUGCAAUCUCCACUAUUAUUGCGCAAGCCAGAUCACAUACGCAAUGCAAUGCAAGCUAUUUUCAAUCGACAAGCAGCUAUGCACCGCAAAAGGGAAGAAGAGGCUUCAGUGGUAGAAGCCGCUGUACGUGAAGCAGAAGAAAAGGUACGAGAGGCAACCGAAGCUUUGCGCAAGGCCAAAGAAAAGAGCCAGCUUACACCACUCAUACCGAAGAGUUACUUAACACCACCAACUCGCACUGGCGCUCGCACUAUUGCCCCUGUUGCUAAUAUGAUUGCUUUAGAGCGCGCAAAAAAGAAAGUGGAAGAGCUUAAAGCCGAAAAGCACCCGGCAUUUACACCAGCGCAAACAAUAAAGAAGGGCGAACGAGUUGCACACAAAGUUACCGAGGCUUUAGCGACUAAAGAAGCCGUAAAACCCGCGAAACCACCGGUUCUAGAAGCAAGUUCUUCGAAAAUAUCAUUUAACAUACGUAUGCAGUAUUACGAAAUGAUGGUGAAGCAUUGCUUAGCCAUCUACCCUAAUGUAGCUGAUGCGUGGGAGCGGGCACAAACUGAAGAACUCGCUGUUUUUAAAAAAUGUAAUACUCCAGUUAUUUAUAAAAGUAGCUCGUUGCUAGCUAUUAAUAAACUGAGAAAGGAAGCAGCAGAUUCUGGAAAUAAACCUGCCGACACAACCAGAAUGAUGUCUCAUGAAGUCGUAUUAGCUGGAAAACUAGCUAAAACGAAUACAUGGAGUGUUCAGAAAAAAAUAAGAAGUGAUGCUUCGGAUGAACCGUUCGACAAGCUGCCUGGUGAUAAAGCUUAUGACAUGGUACAGGAGCUAUGUCUAACAGAAGAGCAAUUGGUAUCAAAUGGUUUUCCGCGGCCAGGUAAAGGACCCGGUCUUGCAGUUAUAACCAGUGGGAAACCGUCACGACGUCCAAAUGAUGACGAACGAUAUUGUAGUCGUUGUGGAAAAGUUUUCAAUUUGAAGAUUUAUGAGGAGGUGUGUGUCGAUGAGUGUAAUUACCAUCCUAAAAGUGCUGGCUACCGUAGAGGUUUUGCGGACAAUCAUCAUCGUUGUUGUCAACAACCAACGGGAACCCCUGGCUGCUCUUAUGCUAAUUAUCACGUUGCGGAUUAUAUUGAUUACGAUAAUCUCACCGGUUAUGUUACAACGAUAAAAAAGGAAGCCAAAUACGUCCCAACUAAAAAAGAUAUUUACGCUCUCGAUUGUGAAAUGUGUUACACCACUCUAGGCAUCGAACUGACACGAGUGACAGUCGUAGAUAUCAAUGGGCGUACGGUAUACGAUGCGCUUGUGAAACCCGAAAACAAAAUUGUAGAUUACAAUACUGUUUAUUCUGGGAUAACAGAAGCGAUGCUGAAGCACGAGACACGCACAUUGCGUGACGUGCAAGCUAUACUAAUGUCUAUGUUUCAUUCAAAAAGUAUUUUGGUCGGUCAUAGUCUGGAUAGUGACCUUAAGGCGUUGAAGCUUAUACACAGUGUGAUAGUAGAUACAUCGGUAUUAUUUCCACACAAAAUGGGACCACCGAAAAAGCGUGCACUAAAGACUUUGUGUAUUGAAAAUUUGAAACGCAUCAUACAAGAAAAUGAGGCUGGUCACGAUAGUGCAGAAGAUGCAGAGGUCUGCAUACAGCUAGUUAAGUUCUAUCUUCGUAAUAAGAUUAGUUGAGCAAAUGGUAUCUCGGUAAGCAUUAUGGUAGUAAGGAGUUAUUACUUCACUUAAAUGAAACGUGAACAAAUUCAUUUGUUAAGCUAAUUUAAUAAUACAUACAGUGUAACAUCACAUAACA